UGCUAUCUGUGUGUGCUUACUGAUUCUUUUCACAGAGACUCCGAGUUAGAAGCACAUCCACGAGAGGACCACAGUCGAGAACCAGUCUUACCUGCACAUUUACACACUCAUUACUCAUUCCCAUUAACUCACAGUUGACAUUGCACACUUACACCUUUGAUUUGCCCUGCUUGUUUGUUUUGUUUUGUUGUGUUUUGUUUUGUUCUUUCUUCAAGGUCUGUGUCAGUUUCGGGUUUAGAUCUCCCUCGCGGUGCCAAACAUGUCUCGCACAACAGACCCUGCUGGACACUGGAAGGAUCUGGAGACCUGGCUAAGUGUUGUAACAGACAGCCUCCUACCUAAGGCCGCUGAAACACUAAAGCAUCAGACACAGGACCAGCUGGAUGACAACAUAGCAAGCCUCAUGAAACAGGACCCAAGCCAGAGCUACAGUCACAAAGAACUAGCCAAGAUCACCGGCUCCUUAAGCCACACACUCAUCGCCACCCUCAAACUGAGCGACAGGCAAGCCGCCCAUCGCCAGCAGGAGCUGACACAUGCACAACGGCGCAUCGAACAGCUGGAGCUGGAGGCUCAGGAACGACGAGAAGGGCCUGAUGAAGUGGAACAAGGCGCAAAAGAGGAGAUCAACAGGCUAAAAGAGACCCUAGCAGCUACUACGCAAGAAAUGGAACGAGGCAGAGCAGACUACGCUGACCUCUCCGACAAGCUACAAUACGCAGAACAGCUACUGGAAAAAGCAAAGGCUGACUUCAGAGACAAGAACAGCCGAAUUAAAGCUCUCGAAACUCACCUGAAUGAGUCAAGAAAUGAGGUCAGCCGCCUAAAACAACAGCUUGACUACAUCAAAGAAGAGUCUGACAGUAUUAAAGAGGAACUCAAGCAUGCAUAUGAAUUGCGCUGUGAGCCGUCAAGAACACGUCGGACACCGAUUUCACCUUUGCCAAGCAGGACCGGCUCCCCUGUUCCUGGACUGGCACAUGAUCAAAAGGGGGCAGUGCCAAAACAGUCACCUGUUCCCUCCGAAGAAUCCUACCUCCCCACUAAGCUAAAAGAACGUGCUCCAGCCAGCCACAGAUCAUCUCAUGGCUUGGACCUCAGAGACCUUGACAAGCUCGCUAGAAACAUUGGCAAAUUCACUCCAAAUGUGCCAGGUAGUCCAAAUGUUCAGAGUUAUCUGCAAGAUAUUGACUUCCAUCUGGAAAUGAGACCCAAUGUCACUGACAAAGAUAGACUUUAUUUGCUCAGAGCCACAUCCAGCUCUGAAGUGCGCAGCUUCCUGGACCGGCAGCCUGCCCACACAAAGACUGAUUACCACCUGCUCCGAGAAGCUCUCAUCAGAGAGUUUGCCGACCCCGAGUCAGAACGAGGACUAGUGGCUGCCCUGGAAACAAAACAAGGUCGUCACGAAACUCCUCAAGUCUUCUAUAGCCGACUCAGGCUAGCAUACUUCGGGUCUCGCAACGAACAGAGCAUGGAGGAGGAAUUGAACUUCAAAACUCUCUUCCUGAGAAACCUCCAUCCUGGGGUGAGCCACCAUCUUGGCGUCCUUGCCUGUCCACGCACAAUGAGUGCUCAACAGUUAAGAGACUUGGCGCACAAAGCCUACUGCAAACAGAAGAUGGCCUUAGAAAAGGGCACCAAAACCACCACAGUUCUUGACUUCAACACCAGAGUCAAGGGCUGGCCCUAG